UUUCAACUUUCCAACCGGUAUGAGAGUAGGAAAAAAAUUAAAAGAGAGCCAUCUAUCCCAUUUCAUUUUUCAGCCUUCUGCCGAACAACCGCCAUCUUAUAAUCCCUCUCGGUAUCGCUCUUUAAAUCUUCAAAAUUUCUUCCUUACUUCUCUUAACCCUGCAGUAUCUUUCUUCGACAGUAUAAACAGAUCCGUUGGCAAACCUAUUCCGGUCUUUUGUCGCGCCUAUUUCUUGAAAAACCCUAGCGCAGCCUCUCCAGGAAGAUCUUUUUGGUCUGAGGUGUCCUUAGGGUAGAAACCCUAAAGAUCUUGCAGAUUAUUAAUUUUAUGUGAAAUUGUUUUGAGAUUUUUUGCUGUGUCAGUUUGAACAAAAGUUAUUAGUUUCUUCCUAGAAUAAAUGUUAGGCGCAUUGCCAAUCCUGCCUCUUCCUGAACCUCCUUCUGACGGGGAUCUUGGACCUCUUCCCCCAUCGCAAGUGACAGAGCAGAAGGAAGAGAAACCUUCAAAUGAGGAGCAGAGCAAAACUAACUCAGCACCUGCAUCAGUUGCAACCCAUACAAGAACAAUUGGAAUAAUACACCCACCUCCAGAUAUCAGAAACAUUGUUGACAAAACUGCUCAGUUUGUUGCUAAGAAUGGACCAGAGUUUGAGAAGAGGAUUAUUGCCAACAAUGCAAACAAUGCGAAAUUCAAUUUUCUGAGUAGUUCGGAUCCUUACCAUGCAUAUUAUCAACAUCGACUGGCCGAAUUUCGUGCACAGAAUCAAUCUUCUACCCAGCAAUCUCCUUCUCAACCUGCAGAUACUGCUGUGCCCGAAUCAGCUCCAUCUGCACCCAUUGCCGAUAGCAAUGAAGCUGAUGUGAAGCCAGAUACUGUUUCCCAGUUUAAGCUGCCCAUACGUAAAGUUCUUGAGCCUCCAGAAGCAGAACAGUAUACUGUGCGGCUCCCUGAAGGGAUUACUGGUGAAGAACUUGAUAUCAUUAAACUCACAGCCCAGUUUGUAGCUCGUAAUGGAAAAUCGUUCUUGACAGGAUUGACUAGUAGGGAGAUCAACAACCCACAGUUCCAUUUUUUGAAGCCAACGCACAGUAUGUUUACAUUUUUUACCCAACUUGCUGAUGCUUAUUCAAAAGUCUUGAUGCCUCCUAAGGGGUUGACUGAGAAAUUGAAGAAGAGCGUUGCUGACAUGACAACUGUCCUUGAACGAUGCUUGCAUCGUCUAGAAUGGGAGCGUUCACAGGAGCAGGCAAGGCAAAAGGCUGAGGAUGAGAUUGAGCAGGAGAGGAUGCAAAUGGCUAUGAUUGAUUGGCAUGAUUUUGUUGUUGUUGAGACAAUAGACUUUGCAGAUGAUGAGGAUGACGACCUACCUGCACCUAUGACUCUUGAGGAGGUUAUAAGGAGGAGUAAGGUAUCUUCUAUGGAUGAAGAUGAGAUUCUUGAACCUGCAAAGGAGGUGGAAAUGGAAAUGGAUGAAGAAGAGGUACAGCUUGUCGAAGAGGGCAUGAGGGCUGCUAGUCUUCAAAAUGAUGAUGAAAUGAAAGAGGCAAAGGCAAAUGAGGAACCAGAACCACCGAUGAGAAUUGUGAAGAACUGGAAGAGACCUGAGGAGAGGAUCCCUGCUGAAAGAGAUCCAACAAAGUAUGUUGUUUCUCCCAUCACUGGUGAGCUCAUUCCUAUUAAUGAGAUGUCUGAACACAUGAGAAUUUCCCUUAUUGAUCCGAAGUACAAGGAGCAAAAAGAAAGGAUGUUUGCUAAGAUUCGAGAGACAACUCUUGCUCAGGAUGAUGAGAUUUCUAGAAAUAUUGUGGGACUGGCACGGACACGUCCUGAUAUCUUCGGUACCACGGAGGAAGAAGUUUCUAAUGCAGUCAAGGCCGAGAUUGAGAAGAAGAAAGAUGAACAACCAAAGCAGGUAAUAUGGGAUGGUCAUACUGGAAGCAUUGGGCGCACAGCAAAUCAAGCUAUGUCUCAAAAUAUGAAUGUUGAUGAUCAAAAUGAUGCUGCCAACAGUGACCUAAGAAACCUACCUGGUCCUGCAGCUCCUCCUCCUCGACCUGGUUUGCCUUCUUUGCGUCCUCUACCCCCACCAGCAGGACUUGCCUUGAAUCUUCCUCGUGGGCCUCCAAACAUGGUGCAAUACCCACCUCCAGCUAGUGGUGGGAUGCCAGUACCUCAACCAAGGCCAUAUAACGUUUCGGCAAUUCCAUCACUCCGGCCACCCACUCCGCCAAUGCCAAUGACAGGACAGCAACACAUCAUGGUGAGUCGACCACCUCCCCUGCCUCCAUCAAUUUCAGUGAAUCCAUCUGGUAUGCCUGUACCUCCCCCACCUGGAUCCCAGUUUACACCCAUGCCAGUUCCCCAACCUUAUGCCCAUCUCCCAGUACCUCCACCUCCUUCUAUGCCUAUGAUGCAGCUGCCACCUUUGCCGCAAGGAAUGCCUCCUCCACCACCACUAGAAGCUCCUCCGCCACUUCCUGAUGAACCAGAGCCAAAGAGGCAGAAGCUUGAUGAUUCUAUGCUUAUUCCUGAAGAUCAAUUUCUGGCCCAACAUCCAGGACCUGUUCGCAUCAAUGUGUCUGUUCCCAAUGUUGACGAAGGAAAUCUCAAAGGGCAACUUCUUGAGAUUACAUUGCAGUCUUUAUCUGAAACUGUUGGCAGCUUGAAGGAGAAAAUUUCUGGGGAGAUCCAACUUCCUGCAAACAAACAGAAAUUGAGUGGAAAAGCUGGUUUUCUUAAGGACAAUAUGUCGCUGGCAUAUUAUAAUGUUGGAGCUGGGGAAACACUUGCCCUUUCUUUGAGAGAGCGUGGUGGUAGAAAGAGAUAAUGGGUUCCUUAACUGGGUUUUUUUUAAGGUUUUCGUUGGAACUUCCUUAUUAUCAUUAGAGUUUUACAAUUUCCCUAUAGUAUGACUGUAGUCUUUUAUUCUACCUUUGAUGUUAUAUGAUGGAUAUUGUAUUGUCAUUUACCUUUAGGGUAACUAUUUGAGACCUCUUACUGGUAUCUUUUGAACUGAUGAUUAAUUCGAUAUCUACUACAGAUCCAGCUUCUUGGCA